UACUCCCCAGAGCUCAACAAGCUGUUCUGCCGCCUGGCCAAGCCCUGCCCCGUGCAGGUGAGGGUGGGGGUCCCUCCCCCCCCAGGGACCCUGCUCAGGGCUGUGGCUGUCUACAAGAAAUCUGAGCACGUGGCCGAGGUGGUGAGACGCUGCCCCCACCAUGAGCGCUGCGGCAGCGACAGCCAGGCCCCAGCCCAGCACCUGAUCCGGGUGCAGGGGAACCCGCAGGCGCGGUACCACGACGACCAGACCACCAAGAGACACAGCGUGGCCGUGCCCUACCAGCCCCCCGAGGUGGGCUCAGACUGUACCACGGUGCUUUACAGCUUCAUGUGCAACAGCUCGUGCAUGGGGGGCAUGAACCGGCGCCCCAUCCUGGCCAUCCUCACCCUGGAGGAGCCUGGGGGCCGCAUCCUGGGCCGCCGCUGUUUCGAGGUCCGUGUCUGUGCCUGUCCCGGCCGCGACCGGCGCAUCGAGGAGGAGAACCGGCGCAAGCGGGGCGGGGCCGGGGGCGGGGCCAAGCGCGGUCAGAGCCCCCCGCCUGAAGCCCCCCCCCAGAGCUCCAAGAAGCGGCUGCUGGGCCCCGAGCAGGAGCUGUUCCAGCUGCAGGUCCGUGGGCGCCGCCGCUUCGAGAUGCUCAGGGAGAUCAACGCUGCGCUGGAGGCGGCCGAGGGGGCGGCGCCGGCCCGGCCCUCCAAGGGCCGGCGGCAGCGGGGGGAGGGGCUGGUGCCGCGCGGCAAGAAGCUGCUGCUCAAGGGCCAGGGGGGGCGGGGACUCGGAGUGACCACGCCCCCCUCCGCCGCAAGCCACGCCCCCCUCCCCUUAUAACACCCUCGGCGUGGCCACGCCCCCUCCGCCGAAAGCCACGCCCCCUCCCCUUAUAACCCCCUUCGCCUGACCCCGCCCCCUUUUCCUUGGCCACGCCCCCGUGACUCCGCCCCUUGGCCACGCCCCCUCCGCUGACUCCGCCCCUUCCCCACUCGCCUCCCCUCCCAUUGGCUCAGCGCCUCUCCUGGCCACGCCCCCUUGGCCACGCCCCCUUUCCCUGGCCACGCCCCCCCCCCCCGAAGCUGCUUUUUUAUACAAUAAA